AGUAGUUCAGGUGAGAGGUAAUACAUGUCUAAACUAGGACACUAGCAAUGGCAAGAGAGUAGAGGAUAGAUUCCAAAUGUGUUAAGGAUAAAAGUUGGCAGAAUUUGGUUGGAGAGAUGAGAAAUGAGAUGAGAGAUGAGAAAAGGAUUUUCUGUUUUUCUUUAUCUGCAUUCCUUGAUUAAAGCAUGGAAGCUGAGAUGUCACUUUGUAAGAUGUGUGCAGACAUGGGGGUUUGUGGAGAAUGUUUAGAUGAGAGACAGAUGUGAAAGACAAGUAUUCUAUUAAGAAAGAAGUUAAAAUGGUUGGGUUCCAGAUUGGGCAGGAAAAGAAAUGAGACUGUCAACUGCCUAAGAAAAGAAGGCUGUCAAGAAACUAGAGGUCCUUGUGAAAUUAAAGAGUUGUGGGAAUGAGUAAGUUAGCUGGAGGGACCAGAGUUUGUAAUCUAAGACGAAGAUUACAAUUUUAGAGAGGUAGCACUGUAGGUGGCUUAUAGUUCCGCAUGUAUCAUCAUAUUUUUUUGCUGGAUGGACAGGGAGGUGAAAUUCACUGAAUUUAGGAUAAUAGGAAUUGAAAACGGAGUACAGUUUUUCUCAAAGUGGAUUCGAUGGAUUACCUGCAUCACUUUCACUUAAGCACAGCAUGAACCAGCAAUGGAAGACAAAAUACCUCACACUGUUUGACUGCCUGUGAAGAUGAUUGUUUAUUUUUGUGACAGACAGCUGUGGGAUUUGUAAUAGAAAUGAUGGCUGGCUGUGGUGAAAUUGAUCACUCAAUAAACAUGCUUUCUACGAACAGGAAAGCGAAUGAGUCCUGUGCAAAUACUGCACCUUCUCUAACUGUCCCUGAAUGUGCCAUUUGUCUGCAAACAUGUGUUCACCCAGUCAGUCUGCCUUGUAAGCAUGUUUUCUGCUAUCUGUGUGUAAAGGGAGCUUCAUGGCUUGGAAAGCGAUGUGCCCUCUGUCGACAAGAAAUCCCUGAAGAUUUCCUUGACAAGCCAACCUUACUGUCACCAGAAGAACUCAAGGCCGCGAGUAGAGGAAAUGGUGAAUAUGCAUGGUAUUACGAAGGAAGAAAUGGGUGGUGGCAGUAUGAUGAGCGCACUAGUAGAGAACUGGAAGACGCUUUUUCCAAAGGUAAAAAGAGCACUGAAAUGUUAAUUGCUGGGUUUCUGUAUGUUGCUGAUCUUGAAAAUAUGGUUCAGUACAGGAGAAAUGAACAUGGACGUCGCAGGAAGAUUAAGCGGGAUAUAAUAGAUAUACCAAAGAAGGGAGUAGCUGGACUUAGGCUGGACUGUGACGCUAAUACCGUAAACCUAGCGCGAGAGAGCUCUGCCGACGGAGCGGACAGCGUAUCAGCACAGAGUGGAGCUUCUUCCAUUCAGCCUCUAGUGUCUUCUGUAAGGCCCCUGACAUCAGUAGAUGGUCAGUUAACAAGCCCUGCAACACCAUCCCCUGAUGCAAGCGCUUCUCUGGAAGACUCUUUUGCUCAUUUGCAGCUCAGCGGAGACAGCAUAGCUGAAAGGAGUCACAGGGGGGAAGGAGAAGAAGAUCGUGAAUCGCCAUCCUCAGGCAGGGUACCGGCAGCAGACACCUCCAUUGAAGAAACCGAAUCAGAUGCCAGUAGUGAUAGUGAGGAUGUAUCUGCGCUUGUUGCACAACACUCCUUGACCCAACAGAGACUUUUGGUUCCUAAUGCAAACCAGACAGUAUCUGAUCGAUCAGAUCGAUCAGGAACUGAUCUAUCAGUAGCAGGGGGUGGAACAGUGAAUGCUGGUGUCAGAUCUAGAAGGCCUGAUGGACAGUGCACAGUAACUGAAGUUUAAAUAAAGUCUUCCGCUCCAUGCUCAAAGUUAAAAUGGUUAUCUGUAAAUUUCUGCCCACAUAACAUUAUACUCAUCCCUGGUAGUGCAUUUUUGGGAGUUGGGGUGGGAAAGGGUAUGGGGAGGACAGACUUGUAAUUAAAAUGUCUAACAUGUCUGUUGAGGAAUUUAUUUAAUAUAAGGAACUUGGCGUUAAUAGUUGAGAGCGGUUUAGUAAUAACCCAGUUUUCUUGAGGUCUGUUUAUUUUAUAUAUUUUUUAAAUUUCUUCAGUUCUUUUGGUCAAUGUGUAUUAUCUGUGCAUUAGCAGUCCUCAUCUGACUCUUGCGUUGUGUCUUAUUUUUCUGCAUGGAUUGACAUAAAACCAUUACUCAAAUUUGGCAUCUAUGAGAUGUUGGUAUUGGUAUGAACAGGAAGCUUAAUUAAUGUGAGAAUAAAUAUGAAUAUGGGAUUUUAAAAUAGAUGAAUAACAGCUAUUAAAUAGUAAAGUUACUGAAAUGGAAAUGUAAAGAAAACAGCUCAUAACUCAUGUUUCAGAAUCUUGUCUGUAACAUACUUCACGGCGUUUCCCAUAGGCUUUGCUGUCUAGUCCUUGUAGUUUGAGGUUUCUCUUGACCUGCAUUUUUCUUUUUGAUUACAGAAUUUAUAAUUUAAUAAAUACUAGAGUUUAUCAAAAAAUAA